AUGGAAAUAUUCGGCAGUCCUCCAACAAACAUAACCGCCCUGUCGCCAUCGUCAGCUGCGCGCGAUUCCCGAGUCCAGCUCCCCACAACCACUGAUCCUCCUGGUCCGAACAAUCCUCCCAAACAGCUCGUAUGGCUUAUAUUCGGCGCGACAGGCCACAUGGGCCGCUCCCUCGUCAAAGCUGCCUUGCUACACAACGACCUCGUCGCCGCCGUGGGCCGCACCUUCGAAGACAGCCACGAAUCAAUGCAGCGCAUGGCCACCGAGAAUGAAAACUGUCUGGGCCUGCUGUGCGACGUCCGCGUGCGCGAGACAGUAAGCGAAGUCUUUGAACGCACAAUCGCGCAUUUCGGACGCGUCGAUCUCAUCGCGAAUUGUUCCGGUUAUGGCGUUAUUGGUGCCUGCGAAGAUCAGGAUGACUACGAUAUUCGCAAUCAGUUUGAGACGAAUUUCAUGGGGACUCUGAAUAUCAUUCAGUUGUCAUUGCCGUAUUUUCGAGAUAGGCGGGCGGGUAGAUAUGUCAUUUUCAGCUCUACGUCGGGUGCUCUCGGUGUUCCGGGUCUAGGGCCGUACUGCGCAUCGAAGUACGCGGUUGAAGGGUUGAUUGAGAGUAUGCUUUAUGAAAUUGAUAGUUUUAAUAUCAAGGUUGCGCUCAUCGAGCCGGGUCAUGUUCGACGGGAUGAUGUGGUGACCAAAUUGACGCCAAAUACGUGGGAUAACCCGCCGCCUCAUCUACCAGCAUACGGACAUUUCUUUAUUAAACCUACCAGCGAGCCGUAUCGCACCAAUUCGUCGCCUGCAGCGCAUGCGCGCCGAUUACUGCUCUGGUUGGGCGAUAAGCAACCCGUCAGUGCUGUGAAAGCUGCAGAGUUGGUGUGGCAAUUGGGACACUGCUCGUUUCCACCACUACGUUUAUUGCUUGGGUCUUAUGCGGUUGAUAGUAUCCGUGACAGGCUACGGUGUAUUACGGAGGAGAUUGAAGAUUGGAAGUACUUGAGUUUUCCGCUUCCUGGUCAGGAGGCUACGAAUGAGCCUAAUGCCGGUUAUCAAACGUCGCCAGCUUACAAGAGUGAUGAGAAUGAAUAUGGUCCUGCGACGGGCUAG